AUGGCCAAGACCAAGAGCACCGGACCCGGGUCCGCCGCCAAGAAGAAUCAGGCCUCUCAGGAGGUCACGAUGACUGAGAGUCAGGUUGCUCCGAAUGAAAACAUUGAUCAAGCGCCCGUGGAGGAUGCUGGGGUUGAGAACAACAAUUACCCCCAGUGUUCUUGCUGUAUCUGCUGCCCCGAGUCGGAUCCGGAUGACCAGCCUGAAGGUGACCACCAGGCCCAGGAGCAUGAGAAUCAUGAAGGCGGCACCGAGACGGGUCUCUCCUCGAGCUCCUCGAAGGCAGCCGACAAACCGCCCCCCGCCCCUCCCGGUGCCCGUCGCUGCGGCCGCUGCCGGAAGACCAAGUGCCUGAACUGUUUCUUCAUGCAGAACAAGGUGUGCGAGCCCUGUCUCGUGUACUGCAGGGAGGUUACGCGCAAGAAUCCCGGCGGACGCUCCGGAACCGGUCGCAAGAGCAAGCAGCAGCCGGACCUCGCGCCCCCGAACGCCGACGACGACAAUGUUGCUCGGGCAGGGCCUUCUUCUUCCCACUCUGCGGAGACCGACGAGGAGCAGACGACUUCUGAGGCCCCAAAGACCAACCGCAAGCGCAAGCGCGAGGCCGAGUCCCAGCCUGAGACGUCCGAGCCUGCGGCUGCUAAGAAGACUCGAGGCGGUAAUGGCCGUGGCAAGAACGCUGCUGGAGUUGCUGCUUCUACUGGUGGUCGUGGUCGUGCCGCCCAGAACACUGCCAAGAAUGCUCGUGCCUCUACCUUUACCUCUGCCUCUGGUUCUCGUUCUGGCUCUGCUUCUGGUGUCACCUCUGGCUCUGCUGAUGAUGCUGAGAUGGCUGAUGCCAGUGAGGAUGGAGGCCAUGCUGCGGCUCCCGCUGUCACUGUUCCUCGGUACACGGUUCGGAGCCCGGUUGUGCUUCCUGCUCUUCGCUACUCUCGCCCUCGUCCCGAGACGCGUGCUCAGCGUUUUGAUGCCAUGUUCCCUCGUGGCACUGGUGAGCAGUAACUCACGCUGUCAAGCAGGGGUCGCAGUCUUGCACUUUGCAUUGCCGUUUCACCAGCAGGAAUACUUUGACUGAUGGCUAGGGUUGGCCUCCACGUGCAGAUACGAUGGGCUAUUGCAGAUUGGGUUUGGGUUUGGUUUGCUUGAGGUUGCUGCGUCUUCAGACGGACAUAGGACAUGGAGGUAUCAGAGGCCC